UUAUGGACAAUAGGCGGACAACUCUCGCCUAAUUGGUCUGUUGACGGAGAAGCAAUUCGAAGAGGCUAGAAAGGAUCUUGAAGCGCGGCUGCAAGCCUGUCAUGACAAAUUCCGGAGACAAGAUAAAGUCUGGAUGCAAGUGGUGAAUGACUUUGGCGACAUCAUGGAGGGCAAGGCAGACCUGAUGCAGCUGGUUAGAGUGCGCGAUGAUGCGGAAAAUCAGCUGCAGGAGCUACAUAAGAGAUUGCAGAUGCUCGCCAAAAUCCUCGGAGACCCUAAGGCGGCGGCGAUCACCCGUCAGCUGUCUCGUGACGCCCGUUGUGUCGCGUGUCGCAUACCGGCGCUGAUGGAACAACACGAUCCGAACGCCAACAAACCACCGAUGUUUCCCACGUUCCGGCCCACCAUUGGCACAACCAUACCCUCACAACCGGAUGCUGAGGAUGACGUCUGCACCAAGACCUGGACGUUGCCUGCACGAGAACCGGACAAAGACGUGCAUGCGUGCCAACGCUGGGUUGGCGGUUCGCACACGCUGCUAUCGCCGUUCGUGACGCGUGAGCAUGCGCAGUGCACUCUAGAAAUGCGUCCUGUCAAACGAUUCCUCGGCACCGGCACCGAUGGCAAGUUAUACAAUUUAGAAGAAGAGUGUAUGCCCUGCAAAGAGUGCAACGUGGAGAAAAUUCCCGGCGUAGUGGAAGGUGACGCAGAGCAUUUGAAAAUGGUUGGCGGCGGUGAUCAAGUGCGAAUCAUAGAAAUGUCGGAUGCCCCACAAGUGGUGACACUGAAGGCCGCUGAUCUGGUGCCGAUGUCUAGCCAGCCGCGUGGCAAACGGGGCGUGUCAGGUGUUGAAAACGACAUUAAAGAGUAUGAAUUUAAGAAGGAGGAAGUCGGGUAUCGAAUGAAGGGCCACGCGACGACAGUGAACGCUGUCGCGGAGGAGCGCGCGGUGCUCGUCAAGGAGCUGAGGGAGCACGAGCAGGCGAUGCAGAAGUCGAUCAUCGAGCUCUCUCAGUCCGAAAUCAAGAAGACAUAGUCUAGUGCCAUACUGUAAUUGGUUCGACAUACCAUGUAGCAAUACAACUAUGACGUCUCUUAUGAUUGUAACAAAAAACUUUCAAUUUUGUUGAAAACUAAUUUGUAACCUCGGUGUAAUAUAAUAAGGCAACAUCUACUAAAAUGACUACUUUUAAAAAAAGAGGUUUAUCCCGUUCAUGGUACUUUAUUUCAAUAGUACUGCACGCAAAAAUGUCAGUGCUUUUCUUUGUUCAAUGUAAAUCAUUGAAUUUUGUCAAUACAGUAAUAUACAGUAGCUUCAAAGGCGUGGUGCGAGAGCACACUGAUAUAAACCCGAAUACGCGCUGCCACUUGAGACGGCCCGAGGUCGCUCGGAUUCGCCCAUUUCACGAGCUCGGCCGUACAAAUAGACACAUUUGACAUAAUGGACCGUGGGAACGCACCAUUACUGCCGGAUCCGCUGAAAAUCAGCGUCGUAGCAUUUGAAUGUGAGACGACAACAAGCUGAGUGGGUCACGUUUUCUUUGGCAGCACAACACACACGCUUUGUACUCUAUAUAGUAUAUGCAUUUAGUUUAAAAUCCUUAGCGUUAUUAUUAAUAUUAUUAUCAGUAUUAUUAUUAGUAUUAUAAAAUACAUGUGUAAUGUGUUUCAAGGAAUAGAUGAUUUCUGCUCUAUUCUAUUCUACUGUCCAUGUACGGAUUAAAGAUACCUAAUUAAGAGAGGUAUCACAUAUACCUAAAAAAAAGGUAUGCUUACAGGUUGUUUGAUAUUUAUUAUAUAUGUAUAUUCGAAUUAGUUUUAUGACUUUCAUGUAAUAAAUGCACUUUAGGCGUAUGAUCACAUGAGGUGGCUUUGUUAUACCAAAGCUACGAUUCUUACGAAUUCUGCUUAUAAUGUAAAUAACUCUCCCGUUAAAAUUGUAAGUUACGUCUAUUCAAAAUAAAGUGAAUGCAGGGG